CUUACAAAGAAAAAGAAGAAGAAGAAAAACAGGUAGAACCAGGUACAUUAUUUACUGACGGAACCCCGGCGACGUCAGACAGACAGGUCCUCCUACAGGUGCUCAGAUCUUUACCAGCCAGUAAAGAACAGACUGCUGAUUUACUGCUGGAGCUCAGGAUCAGAGAGCAGUGGGAUGACCACUCUGACGAAGCGGAGUCGGCGUGUAGACACGCCCACUGAGAGGCGGAGUCAGGAUGAGGAGGAGGAGAAACAGAAGGGUAGAGGGACAGAUGAAGAGGAGGAUGGAGAUGGUAAAGAACUGAGACUCACUCUGAUGGAGGAAAUACUGCUGCUGGGACUGAAGGACAAAGAGGGUUAUACGUCGUUCUGGAACGACUGUAUCUCGUCUGCUCUGAGAGGUGCGAUGCUGGUGGAACUGGCUCUGAGAGGUAGAAUACACCUGCAGCCCCAGAGCAUGAGGAGGAAACCCCUGCUGGAGCGCAAGGUGAUGGUUAAAUCAGAUGCUCCUACAGGUGAUACUCUGCUGGAUGAAGCACUGAAGCACAUUAAGAACACUCAGCCUGCAGAAACAGUGUCUAGCUGGAUCGACCUGCUCACAGGUGAAACGUGGAAUCCUAUGAAGAUGCACUUCCAGCUGCCGCAGGUUCGCGAGCGCCUGGCGAAGAGUUUGGUGGAGAAGGGCGUCCUGACCACCGACAAGCAGAACUUCUUCCUGUUCGACAUGACCACCCACCCCCUUGCCAACGAGAAGGAGAAAGAACGACUGCUCCAAAAACUGCAGGCCAGUCUUUUGGAUCGCUGGACGAAUGACCCGCACCGGCUGCCCCGCCGGACCCUCGCCCUGCUGGUUCUGGCCCACGGCGGCGACGUUCUGGAAAAAGCUCUGGCCGCACUGCCUGACGCCCAGUACGUAACCGCUGGCCAGCGAGCUCGGGACAUGCUGGAGACCAACGCCAACCAACACAGCGGAAAGGCCACCAACCCCACCGAGGAGAUCAUCUGGGCCGUACUCGCCGCCGUCAACCGAGGCUGAUAAUCAGCCAAACAGCGCCACCAAAUGACGGACUCAUCUCACGCCUGUUAAUGAAGCAGAUUCAAAUGUAAUGUUCAACAGAGAACUGAAGGAACCCACAGACUGCUCGUAAUAAAGUGCCUUAGAUACGGCCACUUUAUUAGAAACACUUUCCUAACUUUUACUGACCCUCACAAUGGCCACUUUGUUAGAAACACCUACCUACUACCCUGUGUUUCCUCUCAUUGGCCAAUUUAUUAGAAACACCUUCCUAACUUUUACUGCCCCUCACUGUGGCCACUUUAGUAGAAACACCUACCUACUACCUUGUGCUUCCACUCACUGGCCAGUUUAUUAGAAACACCUGCUGUACCUUGUACCUGGAUUUUUAUAUUAAUGUUUACUGAAGGUGUGUUGCACUUUAGAAGUUAUUGUGAUGUUUUAAAUGAAGAAACUGGACAGUAUCCCCUGUACAUCACCUGUGCAUCAACUGUGUUUUACCUGUGUUAACACCUUUGUACCACCGGGGUAUCACCUAUGUUUACAUCACAUGUGUCACAUGUGUACGACAUAAAUAUCACAUGUGUUUUACCCGUGUAUCUCCUGUGUAUAACACGUGUCAACCUGUGUAUCACCCGUGUAUCAUCUGUGAAACACAUGUGUAUCACAUGUGUCGUAUAGGGUACUGAUGAUGAAAUUAAAUGAUGAAUAAACUCUC